AACCUUAGCUGUAAGGCACGACCUAUUGACUAGAAAUCAAACAGUGUGACAAUAUUGCAAGCCGACGAUUCAAAAGUAAAUCGAGCCAGUUGAACUUGCUCCCUUGCACCUUCUCGUUCCUUUGUAUCCAAUCCUGUGGCGCACGGCUUCAAGUUUUGCUGCAGCGGAAGCCCACUUGUGCAAAGAACUAGGUGCUACACAGGUCCGGGCGACCAUGCGGUCCUUGCUCGCGGGCCAGCGCCUUAACGGGCCGGGGCAGGGCCACUGCAGCUCAUCGUACAGCUCUACGCGCAUUCGAGCCCGUGCGGCGUGCGCGGCAGGCGUUCGGGGCCGGACAACGCACGAGCGGUCGACUGGCCCCUCGACGGAGGUGUGCGACCUCGUCCUCUCCAGCGGCUUCCUGGCCUUUGCCGGGCACGCUGGCUUUCUGCAAGCUGUGGAGGAGAUGGGCGUGCCGGUUGGCGGUGUCAUGGGGACCAGUGCGGGGGCGCUGGUAGGCAGCCUCUAUUGCGCCGGGUACUCACCGCUGGAGGUGGCCAAACACUUGUCGGACCAGACCCCCGCGUCACUGCUGCGGCCAUCCGCUGCACCCUGGCGGGGCGGGGCAUUGAGCUUGGACGGCGUCAUUUCGCGACUACGGGACCUCCUACCGCCCAGGUUUGAGGAUCUUCAGCGCGAGUUCGCGGUGGGUGUGGUGACGGCAGAGGGCGAGCACCUCCUGAUUGACAGUGGGCCACUUCCUGAGGCGGUAGCGGCCAGCGCGGCCAUUCCAAUCAUCUUCCAGGCAGUCGACGUGCCGGGCCACGUGUCACGGCAUGGGCCCUUUAAGGAUGGCGGGGUUGUGGACCGUGUGGGGCUCAAGGCGUGGCGCGACCGGCGGAGGGCACAGAUUAGCAAGCAGCUAGCGGCGGGUGACGGGAACGCGCCUCUGCGGCCGCCGACAUGUCUGGUGCACGUGAUUGACCGUUCCUCGCCGUUCAGUGGCUUUGAUGAUAUGACCGCUACGGGUGAGUCCCACAUACUGGUGGUCAAGUCGCCCCGCAGCGGCGCCAACUUCUUCGACCUGGGCUCUUUUGGGGACACCAUGGCCGCCGCUCACGAGCGCGCGCGGCACAGCCUGCUGGCGUCCAGCGCAGCGGCGGCGGUGGGGCCCAGCAGCCGAACCAGCAGCAGGCCGGCAGCAGGCGCGGCCAGCUCAGCCGCGGCUGCAAGCAUCGGGAACGGUCACGGCCAUGGCAACGGUAAUGGUCAUGGGGCUGUCAAUGGCGCGACGGCGCCUGUAACAUCCACAGCACCCACGGAGUCUGCCGUCCGCGCCACAACACUUUAAUGAGUGGCACGGGCCCCGCCAAGGCCGGCGCCAGUGACAUGUCAGUGGUGCGGCGUGUGUGCCGCUCAACGAAGCGGGGUGCCGCGAUUGCCGCUGCACAACAGCAGCGCAGGUCAUCACGGGUGUGGGCGGUUAUGCCGGCCGUACAUCGCCAAACGUUGAUGUGGAACACACGGUGCUGGACGCCGUGUCGGUGCUGGGGAUCGUGCAAGCACGGGCUAGCAUGCUCCCAUAGCCGGCCUUGGGGAGCCUUGGGGAGCCUGUGCGCGGGUAUGGGUGGGCAUUGAAGACUAGGUUGGGGUGCUGCAAAAGGACCGAGACGCAGUCAAUAGAUCUUGCUAGGAUGAAAAAGGAUAUGAAGGAAUUUCGCUCGAGGCCGCACAGGAAGUAUCGGCGGUGCGGUUGUGUUGAAUGUUGUUGCGACGGUGUAAGAAAUGUGGCACACUGCUGGAAAGUGCGCGUGCGGCGCAGGGCUAAUCACCGCUGUGAGGAUUACCGCGUUUGAUGGGGAGCUCCCCGAUGUACUUUCAUGGCCUCAGAUGGUUGAACGUGCAGCCCACAUUUCCUGUGCUGACGGGAACUAUCGCCUGGCUUGUCAUUUUGGAGUUUGGCAAGCACUUGUGGAACUACUGGCAUUUGAAGAUACAGCAACUUGUGCAUGAGCAGCAUGGUGCGUGCCCAAUCGAAGAAGGCGUUGUGACUUGCGCAUGAAGAAUACACUAGAGUGGACGCGAUAACACGGUGUGCUGGGCUGAAGGAACCACGGAACACCAGGUGAUCAGCAAGCGCUGGUCGUGUGUGGUGCUGCAGUCGUCUCCCUGGCUUUGGCUUUAGGGGCAGGGUGCGUUGUGGUUGUAGUCGUGAACCCGCUUGGUUGCACACGGCGCCCACACAAGGAGGCGCCCUAAGCGUUUGAGAGUGCAUUCUCAGGGGCAUCAAAAAGUUUAGGGGAAUGGCAUGGCACCUUGAGCAGGGUUUGGUGGAGGAGGUGUGGUGUGAGGCUCACCACUAGUGCCUUGGAGUUGGUUGGCAUUGAUGCCCCGGUUUCUUUGCGCGCUGCAGCUGUCACUUUGGCUUGAACCGCAGAGCGUGUUCAGUUAUCAGGUCGCGAGAUGGGACAAGAUUCAGGGCUGCACCCAGUGGGAAAAUACGGAAGUACCCUAUCCUCGAUACCCUAUCCUCGACAUGUCCGACCAGCCGCGCGCUCAUGCCUUGCCGUCGCAACUUGAUUGUUGAAUGCUAGGGUCUGGGAAUAUGCUGCACACUACGAGACUACACCCACAUGCCCCUGACCCCGUGCCUUAACCCUGUCCCAACGCACACCCCAUUGCAAUCAUUGACUCGGACCGUGUCACCGUCGUCAAGCUACCCACCGAGUUCCAC